AUGAUACAUUCAACUAAUCAUACGCAAGAAAAUGAAGAUUAUUGGUAUGUAAAUGAAAGAUAUGAUGUUGAUUCUGGUCGACAAUAUCCGUGUGAAGAAAUUUAUUUUAUUAAAAAUACAGAGAUACCCUUAGGAACAACACGUGUUGUUCGUCGUGAGUAUUCAUCAGUACAAAUUUGGCUUACUAGUCCGCCACAUCGAAUUCAUGGUAAUGAUACAGUCAUUAUUGAAUGGCAACCGGAUCAUACAGCUGAAUGUCAAGACGCUGUAACAUGGAAACCUGAACGUUUGUACUUCAAUUCAAUGAAUUUUGAAAUACGACAAGAACUAGUUAUAACGCGUGUUAAAAAUGGAGGCAAACAGCGUCUUAUUCCAGUUCUUCAUGGAGGUGGAUACGAAACAGUUACCGCCAAUGUCUAUCCAAUUUGUAUUAAAUAG